CAACGAUAAGCGAGUCUCCCUGCAAAGGCCUCCUCCUCUGGCCGCCAGCACCUGAAAAAGAGCCCACCACCCCAGGCCGGGGCCUCACCAGGUCGCGCCCCUCAAUCUACUCCCUUUCUUAUACCAAGAGGGGAAAAACACGGAACUACCUCUACCCGAUCUGGUCACCAUACGCCUAUUAUCUUUACUGUUACAAAUACCGGAUCACCCUCCGGGAGAAGAUGCUGCCUUGUUAUAAAAGCAUCACUUAUAAAGAACAGGAGGACUUGACACUCCGGCCCCGUUGCUGCCUUCAGUGCUCCUGAGUCCCUAGUAGGCCCUCAGGGGGGCAGAAGCACCGAGCAGGGUGACUGCAACCAGCUUAAAGAAUUGUAUUCGGCUGGGAACCUGACGGUGCUGGCUACUGACCCCCUGCUUCACCAGGACCCCGUGCAGUUAGACUUCCACUUCCGCCUCAGCCCCCAGACCUCUGCACAUUGGCACGGACUUCUUAGUGACCAGAGACUCUUCCUGGAUAUCCCAUAUCGAGCUCUGGAUCAAGGCAACCGGGAAAGUUUAACUGCAACACUGGAGUAUGUAGAGGAGAAGACCAAUGUGGACUCCGUGUUUGUGAAUUUCCAAAACAACCGGAAUGACAGAGGUGACUUGCUACGGGCCUUCAGCUACAUGGGCUUUGAGGUGGUCAGACCAGAUCACCCAGCCCUUCCUCCCUGGGACAAUGUCAUCUUUAUGGUGUAUCCCCUUGAAAGGGACCCUGGUCACCUGCCCAGUGAGCCUCCCUGAAGCGGCUUAUCGCUACCCUAUGAGGGGCUGGGAGCCUUGAUAAAUGGGAAUUGGGGGCCCAGGGUGUCCUUCAGGACACCUUCCAUCUUAGGAAUAAAGGGUAGCAGACU